AUGUCUGAAAUUACUCUAGGUCGUUAUCUAUUCGAAAGAUUAAAGCAAGUUGACACCAACACCAUCUUUGGUUUGCCAGGUGACUUCAACUUGUCCUUGUUGGACAAGAUUUACGAAGUGCCAGGUAUGAGAUGGGCUGGUAACGCUAACGAAUUGAACGCUGCUUACGCUGCUGACGGUUACGCUAGAGUUAAGGGUAUGGCUGCUUUGGUCACCACUUUCGGUGUCGGUGAGUUGUCUGCUUUGAACGGUAUUGCCGGUUCUUACGCUGAACACGUCGGUGUCUUGCACAUUGUCGGUGUUCCAUCUAUCUCUUCCCAAGCUAAGCAAUUGUUGUUGCAUCACACCUUGGGUAACGGUGACUUCACUGUUUUCCACAGAAUGUCUGCUAACAUCUCUGAGACCACUGCUAUGAUUACUGACAUCAACUCUGCUCCAGCUGAGAUUGACCGUUGUAUCAGAACCACUUACGUUUCUCAAAGACCAGUCUACUUGGGUCUACCAGCUAACUUGGUUGACUUGAAGGUCCCAGCUUCUUUGUUGGACACCCCAAUUGACUUGUCUUUGAAGGCUAACGAUGCUGAAGCUGAACAAGAAGUUGUCGACGACGUUUUGGCUUUGAUCAAGGCUGCUAAGAACCCAGUUAUCUUGGCUGAUGCUUGUUGUUCCAGACACGAUGUCAAGGAUGAGACCAGAAAGUUGAUCGACAUCACUCAAUUCCCAUCCUUCGUCACCCCAAUGGGUAAGGGUUCUAUCGAUGAACAAAACCCAAGAUUCGGUGGUGUUUACGUCGGUACUUUGUCCUCUCCAGAAGUCAAGGAAGCUGUUGAAUCCGCUGACUUGAUCUUGUCUGUUGGUGCUUUGUUGUCCGAUUUCAACACUGGUUCUUUCUCUUACUCUUACAAGACCAAGAACAUUGUCGAAUUCCACUCUGACUACAUCAAGAUCAGAAACGCUACCUUCCCAGGUGUCCAAAUGAAAUUCGCUUUGCAAAAGCUAUUGGCUAAGGUCGGUGACGUUGCCAAGGACUACAAGCCAGUUCAAGUUCCAGCUAGAACUCCAGAGAACGCUGCUACUGCUGACUCCACUCCAUUGAAGCAACAAUGGAUCUGGAACCAAGUUGGUAAGUUCUUGCAAGAAGGUGAUGUUGUUAUCACUGAAACCGGUACUUCCGCUUUCGGUAUCAACCAAUCUCACUUCCCAAACAAGACCUACGGUAUUUCCCAAGUCUUGUGGGGUUCCAUUGGUUUCACCACUGGUGCCACUUUGGGUGCUGCUUUCGCUGCUGAAGAAAUCGACCCAAAGAAGAGAGUUAUUCUAUUCAUCGGUGACGGUUCUUUGCAAUUGACCGUUCAAGAAAUCUCCACCAUGGUCAGAUGGGGUUUGAAGCCAUACUUGUUCGUCUUGAACAACGAUGGUUACACCAUUGAAAGAUUGAUUCACGGUGAAAAGGCUCAAUACAACGACAUUCAACCAUGGAAGAACUUGGACCUAUUGCCAACUUUCGGUGCUAAGGACUACGAAACCCACAGAGUUUCCACCACUGGUGAGUGGAACAAGUUGACCACUGACUCUGAGUUCAACAAGAACUCUAAGAUCAGAAUGAUCGAAGUUAUGUUGCCAGUUAUGGAUGCUCCAUCCAGUUUGGUCGCUCAAGCUCAAUUGACUGCUUCCAUCAACGCCAAGAACUAA